AAACUACACAAAAAGCGGAAAAUGCCCUCUUUGUUUUCAAAAUUUUUGAAGUACUCUCUAGGAUAAGACCUAGUUCUCUCUCUGCCAUUUUUCAGACUGAAUCACUCAAAAAUCUCCAUAGAUAUACUCAGUGGAAACUUACUUUUCUUUGCUACAAAGAUUUUGGAAUUAGGGUUUUGGUUGAUUGGCCAAGGAGGCAGAAAUGGUUGGUGAAGAUAAAGGAAAGAGUGCUGGUGCUAAUGUUGCACCAGGUUUCUUGGCUGAAAAUGGUCAAACUCUAAAGAAAUUAAAGGGCCACCUAGUUGAAGACAAGGAUGGUGAUAUGAAUCUUGAUGGUUCAUCAGAUGUUGUUUGUCGGACUUACAAGAGGCGGAAGCGUACAAAAGUGGUAGAAGAUGGCUUUGUGGUGGGGCACUCUGCUGGUCAGAGUACUAACAAGUCGAUGAAUGGACCAGUAGAUACAGCUCUUAACAAAAGUUCUUGCAUGCAAGCUAGUGUAGCUCAUAUGGAACCACAUGGUCUUCUGAAUGAUUCCGGUGAUUUGCUUGUUAGAAAUUGGAAGGGUGCUGCUCUAAAGCAGAUGUUUCAAUCAUUAGAGAGUGAUGGUGGUCUGAAAGGAUGUAUUCAAGAGGCACUGGCAUCACAUUCAGAAGCCAGUUGUGCUGUUGAAGCUAAGGAAUCUGGAAAAUGUUGUGAAGAUGGGAACCGAGGUUCUCUGCCAUCACAGCCUGUGUCCUAUGGAAUCCAGAAUGGAACAAAAGCAGUGCCUGAUGGAUCAGUGGAUGAGCCAAAAAGUCGCACAGUGACAGAGUUCUGUCAGCACAUGUUUCUUGAUAUUGUCAAAUCAGAAAAGUUUGCUCAGCUAUGUCACGUGCUCUUUGAAAAUUUCGAAGGAAUGAAGGCUGACAAAUUUUUUGAUAUUAGUCGCAUUCACUCAAGGAUGAAAGAUGGAUCUUAUGAGGGCUCAUCCCUCCUUUUUCACUCAGAUAUUCAACAGAUGUGGACAAAGCUUAAUGAAGUUGGCAGUGAAAUGAUUUCUCUUUCAAGGGGUCUUUCAGAAAUAUCUACAGGUUGUUUCCGAGCUCAGGUGAACGGUUCAGUGCAUGAAAACACUGAAGAUACAAAAGAGGAGUUAGUUGCUAAAAUGGAACAAGCAGAGACCUAUGGUGUAAAUAAAAGAUGUGCUUGCCAAUGUUGUGGAGAGAAAGCGGAUAGUGGGGAUAGUUUAGCUUGUGAUUCAUGUGAGGAGAUUUAUCAUCUCGCUUGUGUUGAGCCUACUGUUAAAGAAAUUCCCAUAAGAAGUUGGUAUUGUCCCAAAUGCACUGCCAAAGGAAUGGAUUCUCCCCAUGACAACUGUGUAGUAUGCGAAAGACUCACCACGUCUAGCUCAGUGAUAAUUGAAAAUGAGGUUGAAGACCUUACAUCUGAAGAUAUGGUUCAAGAAUUGGAGGAUAGCACAAACGGUUUAGUGGAUGGUGAACUUAAACUCUGUGAAGGAGUUGAGGAUUCGCCCUUUUGCAACGUAUGUAGAACUGUGGUGAGUAAUGACAAUGUUAGAAUAUGUGGUCAUUCCUUCUGCCCUCACAAGUUUUACCAUGAGAGGUGCUUGACCAGAAAGCAGUUGGAUGCUUCUGGCUCCUGCUGGUACUGCCCCUCGUGUCUGUGUAGAGCUUGCCUGAAUGAUUGUGACGAUGACAAAAUCGUACUUUGUGAUGGCUGCGAUCAUGCAUACCAUAUUUUCUGCAUGCAACCACCACACACUUCAAUUCCUGUAGGGAAAUGGUUUUGCAAAAAAUGUGAUGUACAGAUACAGCGCAUACGCAAAGCAAGAAAGGCAUUUGAGUCUUCUGAAAAUGAAGCGAAGAAGAGAAAAGAACAAUGUGGAGAAUUAGGUGUACCAAAAGGUAAGGAGAAGGAAGCUUUAAAUGAAUCUGGAGGUAUGGAAAUGCUUCUAGAUGCUGCCCAAACUCUCAACUACCAGGAGGAUUUAGCUGCUUUAGGAUCAAAAGACUGAUAGGACUCAAAUCAUUGCAUGAAUUAUGGUAGCUCUGUAUAUGAAGGAUGUGGUUCGGUUCCAGUUGACAGUGGUACAUGACCUGUUUACCGGUGGUUUGGCCUGUAAGGAAGAUACUAGUGGUGAACUUUCAGAUAUUGGUAGCAUACAAUUUCUUGUCUAACUAAUAGUCCUUACAAGCCAUGCCUGUAGUGUUGCAGAUUGUAUUUUCUAGUACAUAUUGCUUGUUGGGGUUGCCAGCAACAGCAACUGCUGUUCCAUGUGGUUGUAAAAUGAGAGAACCGACUUCCUGAAUGUCAAAAGGAAUUUCUCUAUUCUUCUUUGUUGUUUAUGACAUAUGUUUAGGGAUAGCAAACAGGGCAGUUCAGGGUAAACCUGGGAAUUUCUCUAUCCUGAUUUGUUGUUUAUGCCCUUUGUUUAGUGAUAGCAAACAGGGCGGUUUCAGGGUAAACCCGUUUAAACCUGUGAAGACUUCAACCUGUUCCCCGCAUAAUUUGAAAAUAGAAACUUCAAACAACAGUUGUUUUUC